AUGCUUCUCGUCGAGUACGUCGCACUUCUCGGAGCCGGUACGGGUAGUUCGACACACCCUUGGCCAACGACGCAGCCACUACCCGAGGCUGCAGCGGCACCACUCUCACUGCGUCUUUUACGGGAUUCUUUCUCGAAUGACGGCGACGAGAGGACCGGGGAGGACGAGGGCGAGAGGGAGGUGGGGGAGAGUCAGACGGUGGCGAACAGCUCCAGGAGGCUUGCAAUCGUUGUCCCGAUACAGGUGGCCGACCUCCGGAAGGCCCAAGCUUCCCUGGCUGCAUGGCCCACUCGAUGCCAUAGCUCCACGCUUGUGAACACCGAUCUGGUUGCAUACUAUGCCGGAGGGGACGACGAACACGUCGCUGCGAUGCUGGCGACGAUCGAGCAGACCGGGGGGCGAUGCUUUGCUCGUACACGGCUCGUGCUUGCACAUGCUAGUGACAAGGACAAUGAACGGCCUGAGAUUGCGUCAAUCCAGUUCUACAAGCUCUACCUGGAUUCCACCAUCCGACGCCAAUUUGCUGACUAUGACGCCUUCGCGGUGAUGGAAUGGAACGUGAUCGUGGCACACGACAGGAGCUUUGAAGAGCUCUACACGGCAGCGUUCGGGGGAGUAGAGCCAUUCUGGGUCAAGGGCAGCGCUUUGGUCAGUGGCAGUUCCCACGAAACCGUGGUACGUCCAGAGAACCGGACCACGGUCGGUCACAUCAACGGGAACGCCAUCUACAACAACACUGACCAGACCUUCGUGGAUUACGUCAACUUCACGGCCACCCGCUGGGAGUACACCCUGCCGUACGACGAGGCUUUGUGGGCCACUAUCUCAGACUUUCCGUACAGCUGGCCUUUGUGGCAGCGUUUCUCGAGAAAGUUCGUGACGACUAACUUGAUAGCCAACGUGGGUGUUCACGACGUAGAUGACCGGGAGGUGUUGGACGCUGUGGCAGGCGGCACACUGUUUAUCCACGGCACCCCCACCGACGGGGGUGUUUCCAUGGCUGGCAGCAAUGAGCUGGCAGAGAGGUGCACCGUUUCCUGCGGCUUCCGGUUCCCCAACGCACAUGCGGCGAUGGCGCCCUCCGGGACUGCCACAGUCUGCGACCGGUCGUGCUACGCUGGCGGCAGGGACGGGGCACGUUUCGGUGGCCACUUGUGCGGGGCAGGGGACGUCGCAAUUUAUGCCAUCAAUGCCAGGAGAUGGACGACGCGGUGUACCACCUUCGAGCCACCAACAGAGGACGAGGACUGGGAGUCACCUGUGGAAGCCGAACAAGCUAGGGCGAUGGUCAAACUUGGCGAGGAAGCCGAUGCUGAUGCCCAAGAAAAAGCUCCCCAAACAAGCAUGUCGGCUCCUCUACCACACUCCUUCAACACGGACAGCCUGACUUUGACCGAUGAAGCCACUUCGUCCAAUCCAACCAACGAACCAUUCGUCACGGGAAUCAAGCGCGGCCAAAUAUGUGCCUUCCUGACAAGCAACGCAUUCGUCAUCAAGGAAACGCAAGUAACGGUCAAGAGCAUCGGCCAGUUCAUGCCUGGGAUGCGGGUUGCUAUCGCGACUGAUGCUAACGACGUCUCGCUCUUCAAGAGGGUCUUUGGGACUGUUCCAGAAGUUCGAGUUUCGGAGGCAAUACGGUCCGCUAGCCGGGCGCCGCUUUUGGCGGAUCGACAUUGCGGGGAAGGCACGAAGUUAAUCUUGUAUAUGAAAGCAGGCGAGCUUUUGUGGCGAACCUUCACCUCUAAGGACACGCACUCGCCGGCGGGGGACCUGCUAGUGGCAUAUUCUGAGUUGGACAGGGUCGGACAGUCGAGGAAAAACAAAGCGCUUGCCGCCAUGUUAGUUCUCGGCUUCAAAAGUCCAUCGUUCUCGUUCGGCACCGACAUCAUCCUGCCGGUGGACGUCAAUCGGGAGCUGCGGAACUUUCUGCUCUCAGACCCUACGACGGUGAAGGGCAAGGUGUCAACGAACGGGGACUUACAGGCCGUUCACGCUCUCGGUAAAGUUCCAGGCAUUUAUGUUCCUGAGGUUUUGGCUGCCUUCGCAUACUCUCGCAACGCGGCGGGCCUCCGGUUCAUUAAUCCAAGGCAAUGGGUCACGCACCACAUGUUUCAAAAGGCAUCGGUUUGGGAUAUUCCUCUCGUGAAGCCGCGAUUCAGCUGCGUAAUCGACAUCUCGAUGGCGGCGAAGGGGUACGACGUCGCAGCCGCCUUAGAGGAACAACUCAGCCACUUCGUUAGCGGAAGUCCAUGCGCGUGGGGCAGCAUCCACCUGGACCCCGCACUUCUCAGGCCGAAGGCCGGCAUUGAGUUCGGGUACCCGACGGGCAAGGAUAUGCCCUCCAUCUCAACCCUCAACCUGAGAGUCAGCGUGGUGUUUUAUUCAGGCCGAAGCGCGAGCCCAACGCUGCUGGACGCCUCUAUCUCAAGCGUGGCUUUAAGGUUCCCCGAAGUGUUCGAAGUUGUGGUGGUUUUCACCGAGCCCCCGAUCGAGAGGGCGGGCCUGGAAGAUGUCCUCAACGCCUACAUCGAGGAAGCACCAUUCGCCGUGGAAAUCAUAGAAGAAGUAGAUGGGUCGAGACAUUCACUGAUCGGCAGCCGGUCUCGCUGGUCCGGACUGCAGGCGGACGAUCACUCGUCAGGGCAGUUCGUGAUGCAGCUCGAAGUCGGAGACAUUUUGAUGUCGGAUGUGACGUACGAGAACUUGUUUUACUUCGGCAAGCCGGUGAUUCCAUACAAGCGCCUGUCUCCGGGGGGCGAUGUGGACAGUUCGGCAGGCGGUUCCCGCAUGGACCAAUACCUAGCUUGCGGAAUCGAGACGAUCGUUGACAUACACGAGGUCCGGGACUUCGCGGUGCUCAAGGGUCUGGUGUACCCGCGAGCGGCAUACUCAGAAAUGAGAAAAUUUGUGAACGAGGUGCAUGGCGUCGACGUCGAUACCCUGGCUGAGCUCGUACAUGGGCGCUGUCGAGGGACUCUUGGAAAGAGCGCGUUGGGCGACCGCCCCCCGAUUCGUCGUUGGAUUCUCGAGACAAGCCUAUUGGCGUCGUUCGUGUGGCGUUUCAUGCCCGACAUGGUUCACUGGAGCGCGUUGGAUCCGUCCGACAUCGAGCCGGACGAAUGGCUUUUGGAUGUUGGCAAGUACAACAUCUGGUGUUCCUUGGGUUCCCUUGGGAUCACUGAAGCCGACCCAAGGGCAACAUAUGUUCCAAAAGAACUAAGGGGAGUUGUAUGUGAUGAAUCUUCAUACGAAAAGCUCCUUGCACUUCAAGGACGCGGUGGUGUACAAAAUACGUAG